GUACUGGGCGGUAACCCAGGUCGACUACAUCCACUCCAGGAACGGCACCCGCAUCGGCAUCAUGAUCCUGAUGGUGUGGCUGACGGCGGUGGUCGUCUCCAUAGCUCCGCUCUUUGGUUGGAAAGACCCGGACUUCCUGGUGCGGGUCAAUGAGCAGAAGAAGUGUUUAGUCUCGCAGGACCUCGCCUACCAGGUGUUUGCUACCAUGGCCACCUUCUACGUGCCCCUCACUGCCAUCCUUAUCCUCUACUGGAAGAUCUUCCAGGCAGCCCGCAAGAGGAUCCACAAGAGCAAGUUUGGGGGCAAGAAAGAGGCCAAGCAGAAAAAAAAUAGCAACAAGCCAAAGGCUCACAGAGGAGGGGCAGACACGAAGCCCAACGGUGUAACUGAACACCAGACCACCGCCUUCACCACCAUCAGUAGCGGGUCGCCGGACAAGUCGUCGAACAAUGGCGCCGUCUCCGUCUCGUCCCACAUUUCCGAGGUCUCCAAACUUGAGAUGCUGCCGAAGGAGCAUCCCAAGAAGACUAAGAAGGAGACCCUGGAAGCCAAGAGGGAGAAGAAGGCCGCUAAGACCCUCGCCAUCAUCACGGGAGCUUUCGUCAUCUGCUGGUUGCCCUUCUUCGUCACGGCCCUGCUGAUGCCCAUCUGCCCAGCCUGCUACUUCUCCGACGUCAUGUUCUCCAUCUUCCUCUGGCUCGGGUACUUCAACUCUACCCUCAACCCCAUCAUCUACACCAUCUUCAGUCCGGAGUUCCGCGAGGCCUUUAAGAGGAUUCUCUUUGGUAGAAAGAGUAACCAAAGGUACAGGCCAGGGAAGGUCCGCUAAUAUUCACAUUAGGUCGGGGGACAUCCGGAAACUUUAAUAUAAGAUGUAGGUGCCCUAAUUAUACAGAACUACAGGUAUAAGAAGCUUACAGUGAUAUUUUUAACUCGAGUUAGUGCUUCUGUGGGAAAUCACAUACUAUGACACACUUGUGUAAGUGGUUUGGGUAUAUAACCAAUCACUGAUGGAAUUAUACACAUUGUGAAGUACGACUUGCGAUGUGCACUUAUGACUGCAAGUCAGACUCAAAAACGGAUGAUUUGACUCGCCAAUCAUCAAGUGCUAAAAAGUGGAUUAGCGAACAGUUAACAGUUGAUAAACGUGUGACUGUUUGCAAUUGCUGUAACUAGUGAAUUUGCAAAUCAUUUCAUUGAGAGAGAAUCUCAGGAUUAGGUUCUAAGAUGCCGUUAUAACUUAUUUAGUUUUGUGUAAAUAUACCAAAAUGUUUGAAGGUGGAAAUACAAAACUGAACAAAAUUGUGUUGGGUGUAAAACCUUGACGUCAAAAACAUGAGUUGACGAGGAACAAUAGGAAAAUACUGCCAACGUUGAAAUAUUUGUAAGAGAUAGAAAAAAAACACACCUCAGUGAAAAACGAUUAAAAGCCGAAAAUUUUAGACCUUGUAGGAUGGCAUGUAAAUAAAAUGCCUUCCAGAAAUACCAGUUUCGGAGUACAGAUGACAGUUUUUAAUUGUAAACUCGGUGCAAAUAGUAAUAAAGAAAAUACUUAUUUCGGUGCAGCAGAAAAUAUCUAAAUGGCAAUAAAAAAAAUGCAUAAUAUAUUUCAAAACACAGACGUCAUGGAAUUACGUUUUCGUUCACCUCUCUGACGUCCUAAGUUAAACCUUAACAACCUCUGAGGUCUUGAGUUAACCCUAAUAACCUCACGCAUAUCUUGUAAUAAAGCAACAUAUGUCCACGCUAAUAAAACUGUUCGAAACGACUAACAAAAAUUACUUAAAACAAAAAAUUAUUGAAAAUGGAGACACAAUGCAGGGAGCAUUGAUAGCGGAGAACAACGAUGUCCGACUACCGACAAAGACGUGACAUUCAGGAGGGAAUGGAAGACACAUUUAGGAACGUGAUAGUUUUAGUAAACAGCAGUUUACUAGUACAGAAAACCUGAAGUGUAUAUUUUUUCAAACUGAAACUAGCAACCCGAACUGCUAAAACUAAGUGACAACUAUCAAACCGUUCACGUCUCACCACACUAUACAAAUUGCUCACUCUCACGGUUGGUCUGUUUAUAACUUAAUAAAUCACGUUGUUAGAACGUAGUGGUUUUCAAUGCGAGAACACUCUUACUUCUCUACCUACAUAUGACAGCUGGAGAAAGCAGUGGCGCCAGGACUCAGUCAAAGAACAUCCCGCAAUUCUAUCUGAAACGGCUUCUCUGGGCUCCAGAUGAUCAGAGAGGAGGCGGGGGCCCAGGAGCUAUGAUCCAACCCCUCCCCACCGACUACACAACACGGGAUAAACACCUCGCUCACGUCAAGACACGCGUCACACAGAAAGAAUAUUUGACAGUUGUUAAGAAGCGUGUACUAGGGAAUAUUGACAUGUGUUUACACAACACGAGUUAAGUGUAAACAAAUAAAAAACUGCGAAUUUUAAUCUCACGAUGUAACCACACAAUAAUACCAAUAUUAACACAAAAGAUAUCCAAAAUGCUAUCACUUAUCUAUGUAAAAAUAAACCUUUUUAAUUGUACAUUACCGAUACAUAAAUUACAUAUAUAUAUAUA